AAGAAGAGCACCUAAAAGUUAACUGCUCUAUAAGACAGGUCUUGAUCAACUGGAGGCUCGAAGCCGGAUCUAAAACGUUGACAGAUAUUUAUAAACACAAUAUCCCUGGUAUUAUAGAUUGGCACUUAUGGAAAUUAUAUUCUUCAUACAUGUGGGGGAUGAAUCAAUUCCUUCUCCUGGGAAUGCUAUCAUCAUUAAAAUAAAGCACUACGUUUAUGGCUGGUCUGCUAUCCAAGACUUUUACUUUCAAUGGUCCUCUGUUUCAAGUUGUAAGAUGGAAUCGCCCAAAGAAAGACCUUAAAUUGAAUGUCGAUGCCUCGUAUGUACCUGGAAAAGCAGCUGGAGGGGCGGUGUUGCGAGAUAAGCUUGGUGGUUUCAAAUGGGCCAUUAGCUUCCCAGUUUUUGCUUCGUCUUCGGAGGAGGCUGAGCUUGUGGCACUGACUACUGCUACGGAGUGGGCGCUGACGAGAGGAAUAUCAGACUUUCAGGUAGAAACCGAUUCAACAAGUGCUCUAAGAUCGAUUUCAGACAACAACAUCUCAGGUGGGAUGAACUAUCUUCGGACAUGAUAAAAAUGUAAUAAAUUAAAAAACAAUAAAAUAAAUAUUAAAUAAAAUUUUAAAAACAAUUAAAAUAAAAAAUUAUUGAAUAGAAAACUAAAAGAAAUUAAAUAAAAAAAUAAAUGUAAAAAUAUAUUAAAAAAAUAUAUGCAGGUCUGUUUUUGAUAUUUUCAAAGAAUAAAAAUACUAUCUUCAUGCCAUUUCCAAAUAAAAAAGGUAGUUUUUAUAUAAAAUUGGCAUUUUUUCGAUCAGUGGUGGAAUUGUUGGGCGGUGGCCGGGGCUGCGGGAAAGGCCUCCAUUUUUAUAUUUUUUAAUGUGUUUUAUCUAUUUUUUAUUUAUUUUUAAAGUUUUUAUUUGUUUUUUAAAUUUUCAUUAUUUUAGUAUUUUUUAAAAAUAUUUUAGAAUUUUUAUAUUCUAAUCUGAUCAACUAAGUCAUACACCCUCUGUCCCAAACUGAGUUGCAAAUUUGAUUUUUUUGGGUCAAAUGUUUUCAUUUUAUUCAAUUAAUUAGGAUAUCAAUUCCUAAUUCAAUUUUAAUUUGGAUUUUGUAACUUUACAGAGAUUUUAAUGAAGUUUAUGAAUAUGUAAUUUUUAAUUAUUAAAAUUGAAUAAUUUAUCAAUAAAGAGGAUGUAACUUUAAAAUUAUUUAACUAAAAAUGUUUACUUUGCAAAACAAAUUGAAACAAUAUUCUAGAAUUAAUUAAUUAUUUAGAUUAGAACUUAGAAGUACUAUCUUUUAUUAUACAAAGGGAAAAUAAAAAUUGUAUAGUGUUCUCGCCAAAACACUGUGCAGUAAUGGGCCGUAUCUGUUAAAAAUGGGUCUAAAAUCGAUCAGGCUGCAUCUCUCUUUUAGUGCUCAGUAAUUGUAAAUGCUGUAUUUUGCGCUCUGAAAAUUACUUUAUUUACUUUAUUGGGUCAAUGAAUUAUUGUUGAUUAAAUGCUUUAAUUAUAAUAAAAAUGGGGAGCACAGUACUCGAAAUUCCACAGGCCACACAUUUAAUCUUUUUGCAUUUCUUGAGCCCCACAACAUUAAAUGCAAUGUACUAACUAUAAUGUUGAAUUAAUUUACUACUGCUCUAAAAAUUACUUUAUUUACUUUAUUGGGUCAAUGAAUUAUUGUUGAAUAGAGUGCUUUAAUUAUAAUAAAAAAGGGGGAGAUUAGUACUCGAAAAUCCACAAGUCACACAUUUGGUCUUCUUGCAUUUCUUGAGCCACACAACAUGAAAUGCAAUGUACUAACUAUAUUAAUUAAUGGCAACUUCACAUUUGAUGGUUGUACUAUCAAAUCUCUAAGUAGAGAUUGUGUGUGCGGACCAAUGGUUAUUACACAAAUUGUUAUACAACACUUUCUCCCUUUCCCAAUAUAAAUACCCAUUGCAAGUUUCAGAAUCCACACCACAACCAAGCUAAUCUCUUUUACAUUCUUUGUAUUCUUAAGUUUCUUGAGUGAUUUGUGAGCCAUGACAGGAUCCUCAACACAAAGAGGCAUGUGGUCCCUGAUCAAGGAUGUUGAUCAUACCAAGACCACUUGGGCCUUAAGGGUGAGGGUGGUCAGAGCAUACGAAGUCCCACCACACUCAAAGGGGGUUGGGGGGGGGGGGGGGGACACUGGAGAUGGUGUUGCAUGAUGAACAGGGAGACCGCAUUCACGCUAUCUUAAAAAGGCCACAGGUCGAGGUUUACAAAACCAUGAUCAAGGAAAACAAAAUUUACGCUCUAAGGACGUUUUUGGUCCUGGACAACUACCAAAUUCUCAAAACAAGUGACCAUCCUUAUCUGAUUCAAUUCAUCAGCAAAACUCAAUUCACCGAGGACACUAGGACAGAGUUGCCAAUGAUGGUGUAUGACUUUCAGUCAUAUGACAUGUUGCAGACUCAACGCGUCACCAACGACAACAAAUUGAUUGAUGUCAUUGGGAAAGUCAUAUGUAAGAGCGGUGUUCAAAACCACAUCAUUAGCGGCCGAACUGAAAGAAUGAUGGAGUUGACAUUAGGAGACCCUGAAGGGAACAGACUCGGAUGUGUUUUGUGGAACAAGUACAUAGACCAGUAUAUGGAGUAUGUGACUGAAAAUGUUGGUGUGCCUGUGUAUGUAAUUUUUCAGCUGUGCACGCCAAAGAGAUACCAAGCGUUUUGAACUCACUAUACUCAUUCUAUUGGGAUCUGAACAGAGAUUGGGACCUCGGCAUUGACUGAUUUGAAAGCUAUAUCUCUACCUGGACGUAUUUGGGAGGCCGCUAAUAACCAACGAAUGAAAAGUGCUUUGGGAGGGAAUUUUCCCCCUUUUCCUAGUUUGGUUAAGAAAUUCGAAGGUGAGGGGAGCUAAAACCUUACUGCCCGUUAGAACCUUACAGAGCUAUAUGUUUGAUGAUAGUAGUACAUGUAUUUAUAUAUUCACACACACAUUUUUCCUUGAGAAAAAUCUGUAAUCAGAUAUAACAACAUGGUUAACAAAUAUCAAUAUUGAAAGUGUGCAUACCUUGAAAUAUGAAUAUUUAGUACUUUGAGCUUCUAAGGUAUAAGUUAUUU